GUUGACGGUGACCGUCGGUCUCGACACGAGUUACCGUGACAAGUGCAUUACUUAUCGCACGUCGAGCGAGUACACAUUGGACGCGCACGUCGAGCAUUUCGACAACCGCGCAAACAAACGGCUUUUUCUCUUUCCCCGCUCCUCCGGUUUUCGUCUCUUUCUUCUCGACCGUACUCUUUCCCGACUUGUCCUCCCUUUCCCUGAACGUUUCCCCGAGCAUUCCUGUGGUUGUUGGCUCUCGCUCGGAUAGCUUACUCUUCCCCAGCAAGGGUCGAUUCGUAUACGCGCGUGCAUCUUCCGACUGACGUGUGACAGUCGAGGAAAAGCUGCCGCAGCUCCAUACAUCAAGGGAAGAGUGGCCUGAAAGUGUGCGAGCCACGAUCAAACUUUCACAGAUUUUUGCUCCGAUCAUUAUCUAGGGGAAUCGAUUAGUUGACUGCACGAUGGCGGACGAUCAGGAAGCAAACAACACGUGUGAGGAUUCCCUUGGGCCCGGCGACGCGAACACUGCAUUCGCCAAAAAAAUUAGGGGACGAAAAGGAGCUCUGAAGAAGAAGAAUGUCUACGUCGUCAAAAAUCAUAGCUUCAUGCCGCGCUUCUUCAAGCAACCGACCUUCUGUAGUCAUUGCAAGGACUUUAUAUGGGGCUUUGGAAAGCAAGGAUACCAAUGUCAAGUCUGCAGUUUCGUCGUUCAUAAACGAUGUCACGAAUACGUGACUUUCACGUGCCCUGGCGCCGACAAAGGAGCUGACUCGGACGACACGCGGACGAAGCACCAAUUCAAGCAACACACCUACAACAGCCCCACCUUCUGUGACCACUGCGGUAGUCUUCUCUAUGGUGUCAUCCACCAGGGCAUGAAGUGCCAAGCAUGCGACAUGAACGUACACAAGAGAUGCGAGGAGAGCGUGCCGAAUCUUUGCGGAUGCGAUCACACCGAGAGACGUGGUCGUAUGUUGUUGCACAUCUCAUGUUCCGGAAACAAGCUCACCGUCGAAGUGAAACAAGGACGAAAUCUGAUUCCGAUGGAUCCAAACGGUUUGUCGGAUCCCUACGUCAAGCUGAAGUUGAUUCCGGAUUCGGACAACGUGAAGAAGAAAACGAAAACGAUCAAAUCCUCGUUGAAUCCCGAAUGGAACGAGACGAUCAUUUUCGAUCUGAAACCGGAGGACAAAGACAGACGACUUUUGAUCGAAGUUUGGGAUUGGGAUCGGACGUCGAGGAACGAUUUCAUGGGUUCGCUGUCGUUCGGGAUAUCGGAGCUUAUCAAAGCGCCUGCCAGCGGAUGGUUCAAACUUCUCACGCAAGAAGAAGGAGAAUACUACAAUGUACCUGUGCCGGAAGAGGGUGUGGAUCUUGCCGAGUUGAAGAUGAAAGUGCGAAAAACUUCGGUAACGAGGAAAACGACGGCGACUCAGGACAAGGAAGUGCCGCACAACAUGGGCAAGAGCGACUUAAUAAGGGCGAGCGAUUUCCACUUCCUGAUGGUGCUCGGCAAAGGCAGCUUCGGAAAAGUGAUGUUGGCGGAAAGGAAAGGAACCGACGAACUAUACGCCAUCAAGAUCUUGAAGAAAGACAUCAUAAUACAGGACGACGACGUAGAAUGUACUAUGGUCGAAAAACGCGUUUUGGCGUUGUCAAGUAAACCGCCGUUUUUGGUGCAACUACACUCUUGCUUCCAAACCAUGGACCGACUGUAUUUCGUGAUGGAAUACGUAAACGGUGGCGACUUGAUGUACCAGAUACAGCAGUGUGGCAAGUUCAAAGAGCCCGUCGCAGUAUUCUACUCAUCCGAAAUAGCGAUCGGUCUCUUCUUUCUUCAUGGCCGAGGUAUCGUGUACCGAGAUCUGAAGCUGGACAACGUUUUGCUGGAUCAAGACGGCCAUAUCAAGAUCGCGGACUUUGGAAUGUGCAAAGAAGGUAUCAACGGAGACAAGACUACCAAGACGUUCUGCGGAACACCCGAUUACAUCGCUCCGGAAAUUAUAUUGUAUCAACCGUACGGAAAGUCGGUUGAUUGGUGGGCAUACGGCGUACUGUUGUACGAAAUGUUGGUCGGUCAGCCGCCGUUCGACGGAGAAGACGAAGAGGAACUGUUCGCCGCGAUUACGGAGCAUAACGUUAGCUACCCAAAGAGCUUAUCGAAGGAAGCCAGAGAAAUUUGUAAAGCGUUCCUCACCAAGAAUCCGGUGAAGAGACUCGGUUGCGGAUUACGCGGAGAGGAAGACGUCCGCAGUCACGCGUUCUUCCGACGGAUCGAUUGGGAGAAGAUAGAAAAUCGAGAGGUGCAACCGCCGUUUAAACCAAAAAUCAAACAUCGCAAGGACGUGAGCAACUUUGAUAAACAGUUCACCUCGGAGAAGACAGAUUUAACGCCCACGGACAAAUUAUUUAUGAUGAACCUGGAUCAAACGGAGUUUAUGGGUUUCUCGUUUCUCAAUCCAGAAUUCGUGCAACACGUUUAAAUCGAUAGAAUAUUUAAGUCACUGGAUAGUUUUAAUCUCUCCAUUUCCUUCGACGUUCAUCUUCCGACUCUUUGCUACUCAGGGCUUUCACCGUCAUUUCUCCCUUCUCUCUAUGUCUCUCUCCCUUCCGUCCUUUUCCUCGCGUCGAAUCACUUUCUCUUUUGAAUCAUUCUCUGUUGCAAAUGCAACCCGAAACUUUUCAUCUUGUAUCUUUGAAAUAAAGAUCGGGGUAGUCUGAGAUGUCUGGUCGCUCGUAUCGCGUUAGUAUCGUGAAAACUUACAGGACCGGCGUGAAUAAUGGGUUCGUCGAAUCUGAGAUCGUAAGAAAAAGAAGGAAAAUAAACUACAAUCAUUCGCUGAGGAAAUCAUCGUGCUUCCUCUUGCGCUUUUAUCAAGAAUCGAGGAUAUUUCCUAAUUACGAUACUCGUUCUUCUCUCCCCUUUCCCUUCCCUAUGUACGUUAUCGUUAUACGUUUACUUCGGUAUGUUCUACUGUUGCCUUCCGGAAUACACAUACACAAACACAGAAAUAAUACACGCAUUUAUAUAUAUGAACGAUGCAUACCGAACAAACGAAUUAUAUUCUUACCGUCAUAUUAUCAUGGUUAUUAUUAUAUAGAUAAUCUUAUAAAAAUAGUCUGAAAUUGUUAACGUUAUACGUAUUAAAUUUCCAUCCGCGUUUCGUUAACGUUAGAUACACUUUUCGUCUCUAUGAUCGUUACAAGUAGUUAAAGUACGUCUACGCAUAGUAUUCGAAUGUUCUCAUGCACCGGUUUUAUCUCCCAUUGAAAUUGAAAUUUCCUAGCGUUAUAAAUAUUCGAUUCAUAUUCUCGUUUCGUAUAUCUGCACUCGUUUACACUAACACCUAUACAUGCAGGUACAUGCUUACAUUUAUACACAUGUGCCGAAGCAGAAUUAUUACGCGAUACAAUCAUUCUUGUUUCCUACUCUUAAUGAAUUAUAUCGUCGGAGCACGAACCUGACGCGUGUUUUCUUACGAAUUCUAUUAAUUCGUUCCCAGGAACGUGCUCGAUGACCACCAUAUCGGUAAUAAGACUUACGAUCGUAAAACUAAUUUCAUACCACGCGAGGGUACGCGGUGAAUGUCGGUGAUGUUGUUACACGGGUUACAUAUACAACACAUGGUUGGAGCUGCUAAAAGAUCGACGAUGCGUUUAAUGAUCGCGAAGAGUACACGGUUGUUUUGCCUGUUCGAUCGGACGUUGUUCUUGUCUAGUUUAUAACCAAUGUCCGUCAGAUGUUUGCUCCCGUUUCAACGUUCACCGCUCGUUGAACGUUGUCGUUGGUCGAAAGAACGACUCUGCACAUCGAGCAACGUGUUCGCCACGUGAAUACACCGUUCUAGACAAUGAACAGCUGUUCUCGACAGCACACACACCUCGUCUCCUCUGCUUCCUUUCGUUUGUCGAUUUCGACUUUGCUCGAGAUCAUAAAACGAGCAACGCCUCGGUAUUCCCUGAUGAAACUCUUCUCGUGCCUGAAAUCCUCGCUCCAGUGAUAUACGCCUUUUCUAUCGAACUUGUUUCGGCUCGCGUCAUCGAGGACGAGAACGAUCCGACGUAAAAGAACCGGACGAAUAUCUCGCGUAGAACGUCGCAUGGAACAAGAGCAAAUACAGGAAUUCGCUGAGAAUCGUUCGAGAUCGUGAAACGUUCUCCUCCUCGAUUUCUCUUUCUCGGUCGGUUAACAUGCCGACGCUCGAUAGUAGGAUUAAUUAUUACUUGUCGAUUAACUGCGCGUAAUUGUCGUAGAUAGAUAGAUAUACACACACAUAUGCAUGCGCGCACACGCGCGUAAACACACAUACACAGAGUUGACUGACUCGUUAACUUGAACGGACAUCCCUUUUUUCCUUUUUCUAUUCGUUUCGCGUUCACGACUCGUCGAGUGACGGUGUAAUCGUACAACAACGGAACGUCGAGACAAAUAGACGCGUUUGAGUUGGAGCGCGAACUACGAAUUGCCGAAAUACCUACCGUUUAGGUAUUUUACUUGGUAUCCUUGAGGACGACGCUCACUCGCCGAGAACCAUGUGUAUACGCUAGAAACUCGUAUCUUUUCGUUGCACUUCGACGCGGACGAUCGUCGUCGUUUAUCGUCACAUCCGACAUAGCAGGAAUGACGAAGGUUGUUUGGUACCAAGGAUUACUAUACGCUCAGGUACAGAUGUUCGUAGCUCGAGAUGCUGAAAUCGCGAGUUUGCAGAUCGUUUGAUCAUUGAAAAUACUAAAAGAUGGAAACGCUAGUGGUUCAGCUAGAUUCGUUAAAACGUAAAAAUUUGGACAUUUAAUAAUCCCCUAUAUUCCUGGUGGUUCAACGACGAAAAGAUACGAGUUUACAAGUUUGGAAAAAUUCGAACAUAAUAAUUACAUCUGAUUAAGCGUGUUCCAAUAAAUAAGUAAUUAUCGUGACGUAGUUCUCGCCCCCUUAUUCAGCGGGUGAUCCAAUCUUGUUCUUCUAUCAGCAAAUCGGGCGAAUUUACGUAAUCUCGUCCAUAUUCCGCUGUCGUUGUCUAAUUGAAUUGGCCGCGUUACCACGGUUCGCGCGUUUAUUCGUUAAGAAAACGAGUAUUGUUUGAUUCUCUCAACAAACGGUUCGUAUAAUUAAUAAUAGAACGACGCACGUGCUGGCUCUACCGCGUAGAUAAAGUUCACCUUUAAUUUGCCGAAAAGUCGAAAAUAGCCGCGCGUAAAUUACGUUCCGAAUACGUUUCACGCCGCAAGAUCGAUUUCGGAACAUUUGCGCUAAUUCUACCGACGAAUCUCAUCGAGGUCCUAAAUAUUCCGGCACGAGACUACGUAAUCUACGCCCGAGAUCUAUUUUUGUACGAAAAAAAGAAAAAAAGACCAACAAAAAAAAAAAAAGGAAUGAAGUUCGACAAAGAAUUUGCUCUAAGCGCGAUGGCGAUUCUUCUUUCUCGUUGCUCGUCGUCGAGAAGGAGAUAGUACUUUUUCCCCAUCACUGUACCGUGACACCUUUCGUAACGCUCUUUUACCCUCUACGCGAUAUUCGAACGUUGUUGUCAAAGGAACGUUAACCAAAGAUAAUCGUCGGAUGAUUUCGAGAGCCGUAGCCGUCGAUUAGCGAAGCGUUUAAGCAAUUCGAUUCGCGAGAUAUAUUUCGAAACCGAAAUAAUAGAGAAACUAGAAACGUAGCGAUCGAUCGCCCUGCAGCGGCGGUCGGUACUCAGCGACGUAAGUACUUACAUACUUACGUUUUCGUUGUUUCGUCGGGACUGCGACAGCGUACGUAUUUACUUAGAUACAUACGUAAGCUUCGCUCUACGCUGGUGUUCCAGCGAGGCGACACAGUGAUUUUAUAAUCGUUGUGCCGAUUUAUCUCUUUUGUCCUUGUCUUUAUUUUCUGUUUUUUUUUUCUUCGAAACAGGAAACAAUGAAAAAGGAAGGAAAAAAAUGAUGCUUUUCUAUCGAUACUUCUUUAUCUCGGUUAGGGAUAAUAGUUGACUGUUUCCUCUCCGAUUCUGCUUCUGACCUCCUUUUCUAUACCCCUUUUAUCCUUCGCACUCUGUUCGCUGUUCUCAAUAAACUUACAUUUUAAAACUAAGGGAUAGAGAACGGACCGUUCAUGCAGUUUUCAGUGCGACGAACAAACAUAUUCGCGUACCUCGAUUUUAACGCGUGUCUUCUUUUCGCGCAUGAAACUUGAAAUUAACAACGCUCGGAUCUUUGAAGCUUAAGAUUCGACCGCGCUCCAGUAGUAGCGCAAGCAGCGAGGCAGUUGGUCGGUAGCGCGGUUAAAUCGAAAAGGUUUACGAAUUUGUUUGUUCGAAUACGAAAAAUUGACAUUAACAAGGAGAAAAGAAGAGGACGGGGAUAUUCGAAAUGUAGCGAAUGUAAUCCGCGUAGUUCCGGUCACUCUCGAAGUUGUAAUUCUGUUCUUUUAUCUCGAUUACACGUCGUAUAACACUAUACACACGUUCGCUCGUACACACAUAUUUUUAAAAUGUUUUCUGCAUUUAUAAUGUCGUAAUAAAAGUUUCGAAUCGUGUCAUGAGAAAAA